CACGGAUGCUUAAACAAUCAGUACCUUCAUAUUUUAAUCUUUGAAGGAUUAACAUAAUCCAUGCAAGUUACGUUCCAAAGAGCUCAUUAAGUACAGUCUUCAGCUUGAUUCUUCCCCAACAUCAAGCCAGAAAUUUUUCAGCUCCAACCAGCUUUCAUGGCUUCAUCCCUUCUCAAAACAUUUCUACUCCUCUCUGCAAUCUUCUGUACAAGAUCAUGGGCUGUUAUCUCAUCAUCUUCUUCUUCUACUGCUACCUUAGAUACUCAUUUGGUUUCUAUAAAAUCUGUCUGCAAAUCCACACCAUACCCAGAUGCCUGCUUCGACUCGUUGAAGCUCUCCAUUUCAGUCGAUAUCAAUAUCACUCCAAACAUCCUUAGCUACCUUCUUCAGACACUGCAGAUUGCAAUCUCAGAAGCGGGCAAGGUCUUGGAUCUCUUCUCCACCAUUAAUGGAGACUCGGGCAUUGUUGAAAAGCAACGAGGAGCCAUCAGAGACUGCAAGGAGCUCCACCAAAUUACAAUCACUUCUCUGCAGAGAUCCAUGUCCUGGAUCCAGUCAGACGAUGCCCGUAAGCUAUCUGAUGCUAGAGCUUUCCUCAGUGCAGCUCUCACCAACAAGAACACCUGUUUGGAGGGUCUUGAUUCUGCAACAGGUCCUCUGAAACCAGUCUUAGUCCAGUCCAUCAUCAGUUCUUACAAACAUGUUAGUAAUUCACUCUCACUUUUGCCUAAGCCUGCCCCACAGAAAAUGAAAGGUGGGUCGAACAGGCGCCUCAUGGGCUUCCCGGCUUGGUUGUCCCCGAGAGAUCGCCGGAUAUUGCAGAGCUCCGGCGGAGAUUACAAUCCAAGCGACAUAAUUACAGUGGCUAAGGACGGUACCGGAAACUUCACCACCAUUACUGCUGCUAUUAAUUUUGCUCCCAGUUACAAAAGUGACAGAAUAAUUAUAUAUGUCAGAGAAGGAAUUUACAAGGAAAAUGUGGACAUCCCAAGCUUCAAGACUAACAUUGUACUCUUGGGAGAUGGUGCAGAUAGCACGGUAAUUACAGGCAGCAGAAGCAUGGGUGAUGGUUGGACUACUUUCAGCUCUGCAACUCUUGGUGUCUCCGGAAAUGGGUUUCUAGCACGGGACAUGGCCUUCAUGAACACGGCAGGGCCCGGAAAACAGCAGGCCGUCGCCUUGCGGGUGAAUGCCGACUUAUCGGCAGUCUACCGGUGCAAGAUUGUGGGGUACCAAGACACACUGUAUGUUCAUUCCUUCAGGCAAUUCUAUAGGGAGUCCGACAUCUAUGGGACUGUGGAUUUCAUCUGUGGAAAUGCAGCUGUUGUCUUCCAGGGCUGCAACAUGAUAGCAAGGCUGCCCAUCCCGGGGCAAUUCAAUGUGAUCACAGCUCAGGCCAGAGACAACCCAGAUAUGGACACUGGGAUCUCCAUUCAGAACUGUUCAAUUCUUGCCUCAGACGACUUAUCCUCUAAAUCUGGUAGUGUCAAGAGUUACCUGGGGAGGCCAUGGACAACAUACUCGAGGACUGUGUACAUGGAAUCCUACAUUGACAGCCUCAUUGAUCCCAGUGGAUGGGUUGAGUGGUCUGGUGAUCAAGGAUUAGAUACACUGUAUUAUGGAGAGUAUGAGAAUAGUGGGCCAGGUUCAGACACUGAUGGACGAGUCACCUGGCCAGGGUACCACAUAAUGGACUAUGAGGAUGCAAGGGCUUUCACCGUCUCAGAGUUCAUCGCCGGCGACCAGUGGCUGGACUCAACUUCAUUUCCUUAUGAUGAUGGGGUUUGAUUUUUCUUUUUUUUUUUUUUUAUGGAUGUGUGCAGUUCUAUAUAUGGAAAUUAUUUACUGCAAAUCUUUGUAACUGCAUUUAUUUCUCUUUGUGAACUAUAACAAAAUUUUCAUGGUAUGAAAGGAAGGAAAAUAUAUAUA